AUUCCCACAAAUCAAAGCGGAAGUUAAAGCUCAACACAUGUGCGCAUGUUUUAAUCUCUUAUUACUUUCACGCUGUUUAUGAUAAAAAUCAAGAAUAAAACGAGGAAAGGGCUUUAUGGUUGAAUCAAAAAUUGCAGGAUUGAAACUGAGCUGAAGGAAAAUGGGGAAACCAAAGAAGGGACAAAAGGGUGUUGGGAAUGACGAUUUUGAUGAUGAUGAUAUUGAAGUCGAUCCAUUGGCAAAUAUGGCAGAACACAAAGAAUCAGGUCCAGCUAAAACGAAAGCCUCAAAACGAGAUAAACGAAAGAAGAAAGGCGACGAUUGGGAAGACGAUGUAGCUGCUGAUAUUGCUGCCUUGUCUUUAGAUAAAGAUGAUAAUGAAGACGAUGAAUUCACAAAAAAAUCUCAUCCCAAAACAAAGGAAAAGAAGAAAAAAUUUAAGAAAUUUGAGAGUGAUGAAGAGGAUGAUGAUGAUGAGAAAGAUGAUGAUAUGAAAGUAGUUGGUAAAAAGAAGCCGGUAUCGUUUGCAUCAUUAGGUCUGUUUGGUAAUGAUGAUGAUGAUGAUGAUGAAGAAUCAGAGAAAGAAGAAGAGAAACCUGUGAAAAUCAUAGAAGAACCAACAGUUCAAGAUGGUGCUAACAAAAAGAAACGUGACAAAAAGAAGAAAAAGGGUAAAGAGGAUGAUUUUGACAUCGAUGCUUUCGUUGCUGAUCUUGAUUCUAAAGACAACAAAGGAUCGAAAAAGAAAAAGGGCAAAAAAGGAGAAAGCAAAGAUAACGACGAUGACGCUGGAGAAUCGGAGGUGAAACCGGAAGUAGAGAAAGUCGAAGCUCAGGUUGUGUCUAUAGACGAUAUUGAUGAGUCGUAUUAUGAGAAAGAUAAAAAGAAGAAGAAGAAAAAAGAAAAAAAGGAGAAAACGGAAGAUGAAGAAGGAGAAGUAAAAGAUGGGGAAGAAGAGGUAGAAGGUACAGUAAAAAGUGCUGCUCAGAAGAAAAAGGAAAAAAAGGAACGAGAGAAGGAAAAGAAAAAAUUGGUAUGUUUUCAAAAGUUUGUUUUUUAA